UUGUCGCACCGUCGCCGUGUAGUCGCUAUCGUUGGCAGUGGUGUUCUCGGUUGUGUGCGCGUAUCAGUCGCCGAUCCCGUACCAUGUAGCGCGCUUCAGUCGUUAUGUCAGUCAGCAAAUGAAGUGUCAUGUGCGUCCUGCUGUUAUCCUGGAUCCUGUUGCUCCUACUUCAAGCGACCACGGCCGCCCAACCCAACUGGAUGUACUUGGGCCUGGUGGGGGUGGGUCCACCCAUGCAACAGCACCCCAGUGCCGGCACGGACUUGGAGGACCCGGAGUUGGCCGAAGCGAGGGCUGUGUGUGGUGCACUUCCAGGCCUGGUGGCACAGCAGAUCGAGGUGUGCAUGGCACACCCAGGCACCAUCCGGAGUGUCAGUGACGGCGCUCGCCGAGGAAUAGAAGAAUGCCAAUUCCAAUUCCGCAACGAGCGCUGGAACUGCACUACCAGCGUAGACGAGCAAAGUGUCUUCGGAUAUAUUCUUGAAAGAGGAAGCAAGGAAACAGCGUUCAUCUACGCAGUGACAAGCGCUGGUGUGGUGCAUGCUGUGACUCAGGCCUGCAGCUCCGGGAAUCUGACGGAAUGUAGCUGUGACGCAGGCAAGCAAGGACAGGCGACCCCUGAAGGCUGGAAGUGGGGAGGCUGCAGUGACAAUCUUCAGUAUGGAGUAAACUUUGCUCGCAAAUUUGUGGAUGCGCCAGAGAGGAUAAAGUCCACAGGUUUGUCUGUAAAAAAUAAAAAAUCCUGGAGUGUGAGGGUCCGAAUGAAUCUUCACAAUAAUGAAGCAGGAAGACAGGUGGUUGCGUCUCUAAUGCGAAUGCAGUGUCGAUGCCAUGGUGUCUCCGGCUCCUGCGAGCUCAAGACUUGUUGGAAAACAAUGCCCUCUUUCAGUGAAGUCGGAGACACGUUGAAACGCAAAUAUCGACAAGCGGUUCAGGUGUCUAGGGGAGUUAUAACAGGAUCUGUUAAAACCAAAGGAAAGAAGCGAUUACGGCGCAAAAGCAAACAAAGCAGGAGAUUACCAGUGGCAAAGGGAGACCUGGUGCACAUUCACAAGUCACCGAACUAUUGCGUGCAGGACCCGGUCAAGGGGAUACCUGGUACUCAGGGACGUGAGUGCAAUAAGACCUCAACUGGACCUGACUCGUGUGACCUCUUGUGCUGUGGGCGAGGUUAUAACACUCAGGUAAUGAAAUACGUGGAGAGGUGUCAUUGCAAGUUUGUAUGGUGCUGCUACGUCAAGUGCAAGACCUGUGAGACCCAAAUCGAUCGUCAUACGUGCAAAUAAUUCUCAUGUAUCGCUGUCACAAAUUAGUUAAGUAUUAAUUUAAGAUAGGAUAAGAUGUGUGCAAUCACAUGUGUUUUUACUGUCAUCGACAUUUGCUUGGUUAUGUAUCAGAUCAACGUUGCGCCUGCAGUAGGUUUAGAAGAAACUUAGUGUAUCGGUGUUCCCCACCACAUCAGCCGUUCUACCUCUUGUCUUGUCUCUUUUCCUCUACUUUGUCAUUUUCGAGUCGUUUGCCUCCUUCUAAUUGUGCACAAAACUUUGUUUUAAAACUGUCUUUCCACAAAUUAGUCUGUAAUUAAUUAAUUGGAGUGUGUACGAAACUCAAAUGGUUUUCCCGUAUUUGGAAAUUUCAAUUAAUUUGUAACCUCACGCUUUUUGCAAUUUUUAAGGCCCUCAAACUUUUAAGACUGUACUUAUGGCUGUAGUCUAUUCAUAAUUUUUAGAUUAAGCUAAAUCUGUAUAUAAAAUAAAUUCAGAAAUGUUUUAAAUGGAAAAGGUUUCUUCAGCUGUACAGCCUUAGUACUGUGAGCGGUAUUACCUGGAAAGCGGUUGCGAGGUUUCAGGCCAUUGAUGCUGUUGUUUAUUUAUUUGUAUUGGUAUAAUUUAUUAUUACUUUAUAAAUAGUGGUCAGUAAUCUGAUCUGUUACGUAAAAUACUCAACAAUUAUGGUGAUUGGGCGUAAAUAUGAAAUAUGGAAAAUUCAAAGAAAGUUUACUUGUUGUUGCUGCUUAGUAGAAAUCUGAAUAAACAGACUAGCGAUGUAACAUUAUUACCAGAUAGUGGGGGACCUGCUAUAAAGUUUUGUCUCAACCAAAAUGUAAAAAUUCAUCAUCAGGUUAAGCAAACAAAUUCACCGCUGGAAAAGUUAAAAAAACACAUAGGAGUAUUCUACAUGAUGCAACUGGCUGUUGCCAUCCCGGCAUUUAUUUUGGGUUAAGGCAUCCAAAAUAAAUGUGUGUUUCGGCCCUGUACAAAAAUGGGUAGUCCAAAAUUUCAGCUGAGUAUAUAAUAUCUAAAAUGUAAAAGCAUCAAAUUUAUAAAAUUAUUUUAAAUAUAUCUUUUAAUGUUUAUUUUCAAUAGUCAAUUAUGUAAUAUAAUACAUAUGAAAUGGUACCUUAGUGAUAACAGAAAUCCUGAUAAACUAAUAUUUAAAAACUGUUAUUCUCUUAAACUUAUAAUUUGAUUUUAUCUUUUACACUGCUUGGUAAAAGAAAAAUCUGACAAGACAGACUUGGUAGGUAACAGGAUUUUUACCAUUGUUCAGUAAUACUACAUUUCGAGAUCAUCAAUCUGACCUUUUUUUCCUGUUGGAUAACUAAUCUAACACUCUAACAACAAUCUAGGUUAAAAUAAAGAAAUCAUAUAGAAGUGCUGUGCGACAUGUAAGUCAGAAAUCAUGACAAACAUGUGUUUCAACUUCGCGCACACUAUCUCCAAGACAUGAACUUAAUAAAACAAACAUUAAUUGUUAAAACUAAACUAAUGAAUACAGGUCACAAUAGGUCUGUAAGCAAAAUCCAAGCGCUGAUAUGGCUAACUGUAUCACUGAACAAUGGCAAAUGUCAGAGAAAAUCCUUUUACCUUCACGAUCUUUCCGUAGUUAAAAACAAACAUAAAACAAAAUAUGGUUUUUAAAAAUUUAUAAACGUAUUUUUGAUCAAUACGUAAAACAUACAAAUCACAGAAAAGCGACAAAUUCUUUUCAGGACACGUAGUUUGUAAUGUACACCAGAAAGCGUAAAUUUGUGUAUUAAAACUAUAUAUGUCUCUGUUGUGAAAUUUUGUAACUGUAGAUGUUUUAAAUGUUGCAAAAGUUGAGUUUUUCUUAUAACUACAUCAUAUUUUGGCACACACUUAUGCUAAGAUCAACAUGUUGCAUUACUGACGAUGAAACAAGGACUCACUUUAGUGAGAAUAAGACAUACUGUAGCCACUCCGUUUCAAAUUUGGAUCAGCAAACGAAUUUUCGCUGUCCAUUCACGACAGCAAAUAUUACUACUAUUACAACAAAUUAUCUUACAACAUCAAAUGUAUACUGAGGUUAAAUGUACACUAUUUUAUUUAUGUCAUUAUACUAACAUUUAGUUGACUUAUGUGACAAAGCCUAUUGUAACAUAUGUUAUUUAACAGCAAUAAAGAAUUUGAAUUGAAUUGAAUACUCAAGUUGUCAAAGAGUUUAACAUCAUACAUAUUCAGCUCAUAUCACAAAUCAGCUGUCACAUUUACAUGUAUGUUUUCAUUCAUUACCGAAAUUUACUUGAGGAAGUUUCUUGCAGAAACAAUGGAAAUGUCACGUAUUGCAUAAUAUUGUCAUUACGAGAGAUAAGGAGGUUUCCUUUUUUUUAUUGUUAUUCGAUAUCUAAAUCUGUGCUGAGCUGAUAAUGAGAGAAAGAGAGACUGACAAAUUUGAAAAAAUUUAUCGCAUACAAGUAAAAUUAUUUGUUUGCAAAAUACAAUUUAAAAAAGCCCACUCAUAAAUCAAAUACAAUUAUAAUCUGUAAUAAUUACUAUUGUAAUCUACUUCAGCCAUACUGAACAUAACUCUAAGCACUAAUUUACUGUAUUUUUAGUUUUAUUAUGUACAAAGCGAAAGUGUGUAUAAUGGGUAAAUGAAUUUAACUGUAAUUUAAAUAUUUAUUUUUACAGGAGGCAAAUGAAACAGUAGUUGUAGAAAAGUUUUAUUUUACUGUAAUUUCACCCUGUGUGAACUCUUUUGUAAUUAUAUUAUUGUAACCCUGUACGUCAAUAACAUGUAAAAUUGUACAAGUUCCUUCUACUACUAAGGACAUUAUUUCUAGAUUUAAUGCAUUUUAAUUAUUAUAUUAUUAAGAACAGUAUUUAAAAUUUAUAAAAUAGAUUUUAAAGUGUAUCAAUUUGUGAUUCAUAUAGUUUUAAACGAUGUUUUCUUCUUAAACAUUCUGUAAAAAUAAUAAAUUGAUCUUUUGAUA